AAUAAGUAUCUUAUUUAAUCCUUGAAUAAACCUCUAUGAAAUGGGUAUUAUUUUAUACUAUUUAACAGAUAAUACUAAAAGCUACCGUUUAUUAUGCACCAGUAAUCUGUUAGGUUCUUUGCUUGUGCUUUCAGUAUAAGCUGUACAAAGACUACUCUGCACAGUCCAAUAGAACUUUUCCACAAUCAUGGAAAUGUUCUUUUUUUUUUUUGAGACGGAGUCUCGCUGUCGCCCAGGUUGGAGUGCAGUGGCGCGAUCUCGGCUCACUGCAGGCUCCGCCCCCCAGAGUUCACGCCAUUCUCCUGCCUCAGCCUCCCGAGUAGCUGGAACUACAGGCGCCCGCCACCUCGCCCGGCUAAUUUUUUGUAUUUUUAGUAGAGACGGGGUUUCACCGUGUUAGCCAGGAUGGUCUCGAUCUCCUGACCUCGUGAUCCGCCCGCCUCGGCCUCCCAAAGUGCUGGGAUUACAGGCCUGAGCCACCGCGCCCGGCCAGUCAUGGAAAUGUCCUAAAUUUUUACUGGAGUGCAGUGGCACGAUCUCAGCGCACUGCAACCUCUGCCUCCCAGGUUCAAGUGAUUCUUCUGCCUCAGCCUCCCAAGUAGCUGAGACUACAGGCACCUGCUACCACCCCCGGCUAAUUUUUUGUAUUUUUAGUAGAGACGGGGUUUCACCGUGUUGGCCAGGAUGGUGACAUGUGGCUUUUGAGCAUUUGAAAUGUGGCUAGUGUGACUGAGGAAUUAAAAAUUUUAUUUAAUUUUAAUCUAUCGAGAUUUUAAUUUAAAUAGUUACAUGUAGCAGUGGUUGCUAUAUAUCAGAUGGUACAAUCUGUGCUGAUAACAUUAUUCCAUUUUUCUUUUUUUUGUUGUUUUUUUGUUUUUUUGGUUUUUUUUUGAGAUGGAGUCUCGCUCUGUUGCCCAGGCUGCGGUGCAGUGGCACAAUCUCAGCUCAUUGCAACUUCUGCCUCCCAGGGUCAAGCGAUUCUCCUACCUCAGCCUCCAUUCUCCUACUUCCUCCCCAGUAGCUGGGAUUACCGGUGCACGCCACCAUGCCUGGCUAAUUUUUGUAUUUUUAGUAGAGACGGGGUUUCACCAUGCUGGCCAGGCCUGUCUCAGAACUCCUGACCCCGUGAUCUGCCUGCCUCGGCCUCCCAAAGUGCUGGAUGACAGGCCUGAGCCAUCGCACACAGCCUCACAUUAUUCCAUUUUUCAAAGGAGAAACUGGUUCAGAGAAGUUAUGAAGCUUGCUGAAGUUCACAGUUUUAUUAAAAAAAAGGUUUUCAGCAGAGGAAUACUUUAGGAAUGUUAAUUAGGUAAUGCAGGUGGAAUGGGUGAAGGGGAAGGAAAAAGCAGAUAGGCCAAGAGAAUUGAAAGUCAGAAUCACAUGGUUACAGUGUGAACUGGGAAGAAGAAUUGUUUAAAUGACUUGUAGAAAUAGAAUUGCCAUCGCUUGGUGACAGCAUGUGAGGACUUUAUAAGAGAGAACCUAAGAUUCCUCUGAAGUCUUAGAAUCCUCAUAACCUGAAAAAGGUAAUGUUUACUGAAAUAGAAAAAUCAUGAAUAGUUUUGGGAAAUAAAAGGAUUUUGCUUUGGCUGUUCAUUCAACAAAUAAUUGAGUGAUUACUAUGGGUAAGGUCCUCUGCUAUGCUUAGGUAGAGAAGUGGAAGGAUUUUAUUCCCUAAAGACACCGUCCUCAAUUUUCAUACUGUAGAAGAUAAUGAGCUCUAAAAGAUGUGAAAAUCAAGUGUUCUCAGAGAAAGGGGUGCUUAUUUCUACAUACAAAGGGCUUAGGUAAAGUUAUCUGUGGAAGAUAGCAUUUGAGCUUUUGAAGAAAAGGAAGGAUUUAGACAUGUAAAACAAAGUGGGAGGAGAUUUUGCUACUAGCAAUGAGGUGGACAAAAUAUUUGAAAAUCCCUUUUACCAAUACACCUAAAUGCUGAAUAAAUUACAUUAGCUCAUUAAAUUCAUGACAGGUCUUCUACGAAAGACAGGGAAAUCUCCAGGGCUAAAAAGUUAAAAAAAAAAAAAAAAAAAAGAGCUGAAACUAGAGUAGUAUACUAGCAGUGUGUUUCCUUUGGGGGCAUUUGGCUGAUAGCAGAAAUAGAGCACAAUCAGGGACAGGUGACAGGCUGCUCUCUACCCAAAGCAGAGGGAUAGAAUUCAUAUCCCUAUAACCUCCCAGGCACAUGCUUCAAUGGGUGCCAUUCCAUGGUAGUUGGUGUAAAUGGUACCUGUGUUUCAGGGGGUGAUGUUUAACUAUUUCCACUUGAAAUUGUACAACUCAUGGUAUUGGAGAAGCACCUUCCCCCAAAUUCAGCCAGGACCCACAAAAGUCUACACACUCAGUCAUAGGUGGGCCAGAAAAAUAUCUCCCUCCUGGCAAAGGGAGAUCACAAAGAAAUUUGUUCAUUUUAAUCACAGCUCCAGGUGGGGGAAUAAAGAUACCACCUGAAAACUUGAAACUGGAGGGUCUGCCAUCACUCAUUCAAGGUUCAAAUUUACAUAUCUACAUGGUCUAAAAAACCAGAAGCCAAGAAAUUAACAUAAAGUUGGCCCGGGUUGGUAAUGUGCCAUACUGUCUGGAAAAAACAAAUAUGGAUCCUCUCUGUAAUGACUCACCCUUAGUUAAGCCUUUUAGAAUACUCCCAGAUUUUAAGAUUGUCCAAUAUAGGCUCAGAGUCAAAAACGGUAAAACAUAUGUGCAAGGGACAGCUAAACUGACAUAGACUCCUAAGGACUUAUGGGAAUGAUCAGAAACAAAUUAACAUUUAAAGAGAUGAGAAAUGAAAAAAUUAAAGAUCUAGAAAUGAUUCAAAAUUAUGUAAAUUAAGAACUCUUGUCCUGGAAACCUAUGCUGGGGAAAGCACCAAUAGGAUUUUGGCAAGGACUUGUCAUGAUUAACUGAAUAGAUGAAGAAAAAAGAUAUUGAUGGGAUGUUAAGGACUGACAAGGAAAAAGGAAGAGAAAAGAGAAGAUUAUGAAAUGCAAAUGUAUAUAUUUAGCAACAAAUCAGAUGGCCAGAGUAAAUGACAAAUACCAACCAAAAAUGGCUGAGAUUUCAUUCUUUAGAAAGUCAGUCUCAGAUGAGGAAGCUGUAAGUAUUCACAAAGUUCAUGGAAAACACUAAAUUUCUUUAGGUCAUCAAAAAAAUAUGAGAAGAUACUCCUUCAAACAUGAAAUUAUUCUCACAUGCAUAGGAGUAUUCUAAUUUAAAAGUAUUCUUAUAUUUUUAAAAAUUAAAUUUAAAAAAUUAAAAGCAUGAAUUUGUACCAAUGUUUCUUAAUUCACAUUAUUGACUCAUUAUUACUUAACAACAUCCUUAAUCUGGAAUUCAAGGAAGAAAGUGGUGAUGUGGGGUAUGGGUGUAUUUAGGCCCUCUGUCUCCGCCCCUGUUCCUGCCGCCCCAAUGUAGAAGCUGGAAAUAUAAUAAUGAACAGAACAGUUGUUUCCUGUUCUCACAGAACUUAAAGUUUAGUGAGGAAGAGAAAACCAAACAAGCAAGUUAAAUGUAAUGAGUGCCCUGGUUGAGGAAGUAAAGGGUGCUGUUAAAAACAAAGCAGGGACACUCAACUGAAGCUGGAAAGAUUAAGCCUUGAAAAACAUAAAAGUUAACUGGGUAGUAGUGUUCUAGUCACCAUGAAGGUCUGAAGGUGUGCUAGAGAGCAUGACACAUUUGAAGAUCUGCAAGAAAUAUGCUCUGGCAGUGUGGCAUAGUUGAUUGGGCACUAGAAUCAAAUUGCUUGAGUUUGAAUCCUAUCUCCACCACAUCCAGCUCUAUGACCUUGGGCAAUUGUCUUAACCUCUGUAAUUCUGUUGAGGAAAGUACAUUAUUUCAUGUAUUUAAGGUGUUUAGUAAACACUGCUAAGGCAUAGUAAAUGCUAGGUGUUUGCUUUUGUAAUGAUGAGAUGAUGAUAGCUAGAGCAAAGAAUUGAGAACCAAGCAUGGCCAGAGGUGAAUAUAGAAAGAUAAGUAAAGACAGACUGGGCAUGGUAGCUCACGCCUAUAAUCCCAGCACUUUGGGAGGCCAAGGCAGGUGGAUCACUUGAGGUCAGGAAUUCGAGACCAGCCUGGCCAACGUGGUGAAAUCCCAUCUCUACUAAAAAUACAAAGAUUAGCCGGACGUGGUGGCAGAUGCCUGUAAUCCCAGCUACUCAGGAGGCUGAGGCAGGAGAAUCUCUUGAACCUGGCAGGCUGAGGUUGCAGCGAGCCAAGAUUGUGCCACUGCAGUUCAGCCUGGGUGUCACAGUGGCACUCUGUCUCAAAAAAAAAGAAAACCUGUUUGAAAUGUGGUGGUUUCAGCAAGGCCUCAGUUUCCUUCCUUCAGCCCUUGUAAUUUGGACAUCUGCUGCUUUCAUAUUUUCAUACAUUACUGCAGUAACACUCCACCACGUAGACCCGGCUUUACCUUAUAUCAGUGAUACUGGUACAGUAGCUCCAGAAAAAUGCUUAUUUGGGGCAAUGCUAAAUAUUGCGGCAGUUUUAUGCAUUGCUACCAUUUAUGUUCGUUAUAAGCAAGUUCAUGCUCUGAGUCCUGAAGAGAACGUUAUCAUCAAAUUAAACAAGGCUGGCCUUGUACUUGGAAUACUGAGUUGUUUAGGACUUUCUAUUGUGGCAAACUUCCAGAAAACAACCCUUUUUGCUGCACAUGUAAGUGGAGCUGUGCUUACCUUUGGUAUGGGCUCAUUAUAUAUGUUUGUUCAGACCAUCCUUUCCUACCAAAUGCAGCCCAAAAUCCAUGGCAAACAAGUCUUCUGGAUCAGACUGUUGUUGGUUAUCUGGUGUGGUGUAAGUGCAUUUAGCAUGCUGACUUUCUCAUCAGUUUUGCACAGUGGCAAUUUUGGGACUGAUUUAGAACAGAAACUCCAUUGGAACCCCGAGGACAAAGGUUAUGUGCUUCACAUGAUCACUACCGCAGCAGAAUGGUCUAUGUCAUUUUCCUUCUUUGGUUUUUUCCUGACUUACAUUCGUGAUUUUCAGAAAAUUUCUUUACGGGUGGAAGCCAAUUUACAUGGAUUAACCCUCUAUGACACUGCACCUUGCCCUAUUAACAAUGAACGAACACGGCUACUUUCCAGAGAUAUUUGAUGAAAGGAUAAAAUAUUUCUGUAAUGAUUAUGAUUCUCAGGGAUUGGGGAAAGGUUCACAGAAGUUGCUUAUUCUGCUCUGAAGUUUUCAACCACUUAAGGCUGACAGUAACACUGAUGAAUGCUGAUAAUCAGGAAACAUGAAAGAAGCCAUUUGAUAGAUUAUUCUAAAGGAUAUCAUCAAGAAGACUAUUAAAAACACCUAUGCCUAUACUUUUUUAUCCCAGAAAAUAAAGUCAAAAGACUAUGA